ACAAACGAUGGAAGAAAAGAAUUGAAACAAAGAAUGAGAGAAAAGUCAUCCUCCAAUACGCAAAACGUGACUCCGAGAUGAGGCUGAAGUUAGUAACGUUAACGGAACGAAACAUUGGGGGAGAAAAAUUAAUACUUUGCAUAUUUAUAGUGACUUUGAAGUAGCUAAGUUUUUGAGAAUGUGAAUAAGUUUUAUCUUAUUAUGUUUUACAGCAUUUCGGACACCCGUGGAAUUGUGAAGUAACGAUUUUUCCGAAAAAUAAAUCAUUGCAAUAACGUUACUAACUUCAGCGUCGUACUACGAGGAGGGGGGGGAAAGCGAAGAUUCCGCGAAACAAUGUUGCGCAAUUUAUUCACGAUCAGAAACUGAGAGACGCGCAUUGCCGAGGCCAAAAACAAUAUUAUUAUCACCGUCGUCACUCGACGUUCGCCGAACACUAUGGGAAUGAUGAAAAGGUACGAGCGGGUAUUAUAGCCGUGUUACAUUUGAAAGGCGACGUGAAUUUUCAAAUGUGUUUGUUCGUUGUAGGUUUUUCCACAAUAUUAAGGAAUCCCCAUUAACUUAAUUAGAAAGGAGACAAAAUCGAUUUAUAAUUACUUGUCAAAAGAUGAGAAUAAAAUGUUUCAGCUGUUAUAGAGUUCCACGAACUGAUAAAAUUACUAACAAUAAAUAUAACGUUCGAUUGGAGAAAGGAUAUAGCAGUGUUUAAUGUCGCGUAUUAUUUGAAACCCUGAUUCGUAUACAGGGAUAAGGAUUGCCUAUGAAAGAAUAAAAACGUACAAUAUAUCGUGAAGAAAACCCAUUUACCGACAGCGCAGUAAGCUUCUUAAAUUAAAUGCAAGUCCAAGUUUGCGAAAAACGAAUCAAAUCAGACAACAAAAUCGCAAACCAAGGUGUCGCGAGGUUCAAGUGGGGAGGGAGGGCCGCCGGCAACGUUAGGGAAAGGUGGCUGUGCCGUCACGGUGUUGCAACACUAAACUGCAUACCUUGUACACGUGAAUGUGUAUACAGUUACAUACAUACGUACCUACAGCUGGUAACAUUGUUAAGCAAUGGAAGAAAAAAAUUUUAUAAUUAUACCUAUAUUCUGAUAUAGUAAUGUCAAAUUUCAUACACGACGAGAUGACUGCAAUUGUAUUUUAUACUUGAUUAUAGAUAAAGACUGUGCUCGGUGAAGAGAUCGGAAACUUGUGAUAAUAAUGAAAGAGGUGAGUUUUCGUUUAACCGUUAGACAAUUGAGAAGCGAAUAAAAUCGUCAAACAACUGUUGCAUUAUCGCAAGCGAGAGUAACAAUGAAACGUGAAAACGAUCCCUUGCCGAUCGGUAGCGUAGGAAACUGCGAUUCUACGAUUUUCUGCGAAUGAUGCGACAAGAAAGAAAGAAAAAUCACCCUGAGGUGGCUGGAUGAUAAAAGUAAGAACGUGAAUAAUUGAGUAAAAAGGAAGAAAAAGCAGGCGAGAGGGCGAACGGAGGCUACUUGAUAUGAAAAUGUUGGUGCGCGACGUCGUGAGUGAGAUCAGUUCGCGUAUCGGACUGGGAAUAGUUCCUGGAUGCGAGCAGAACGGCCUCCACAGAGGAAUAGCAAAUUUGGCGGCUCUGAUCCUCGAAGAGGAGGAAACAUCCGGGUCCCCGGAUGAAAGAAGAUUCCAACUGGAGUCGGCAACGAUUGAAGAAAAUCACGCGAUAGUCGGUGCCGAAGACAGGAUACCCAUGGUCAGCCAAAACUACGGAAGUCUUCGUAGAAGGGGCCUAAAUAGACGCGGAGCCGAGUCGCCAAACAAUGUGUCAGGCUCUCCGCCGUCAGUCAGCCCUCUAUCGUCUUCGGUGAUAUUGCAGCGCGAAGGUGCUAUCACGCAGCCAGCGAGCACCCCAGCUUCGCCUUUAUCCUCUCUUUCUUCCCAAAUAACGCAACUAAAUCUUCCAUCACCGGAAGACUGUACCCAAGAUCCGAAUUGGCAAGCGACAAAGUCAAGCGUGCGUGAACGCAAUGCUGCCAUGUUCAACAACCAUCUUAUGGCAGAUGUACAGUUCAUUGUUGGAAGUCCGGGACACACUCAACCCAUACCAGCCCACAAAUAUGUAUUAGCCACGGGAAGUUCCGUAUUCUAUGCCAUGUUUUACGGAGGUUUGGCAGAAAAUAAAAAAGAUAUCGAAGUACCUGAUGUGGAACCUGCAGCGUUUCUCACUCUACUGAAGUACAUGUACUGCGACGAGAUUCAACUGGAGGCAGACACAGUCCUGGCUACUUUGUAUGUAGCAAAGAAGUACAUUGUCCCCCACCUGGCACGAGCGUGUGUCAAUUAUUUAGAAACCAGUUUAACCGCCAAGAAUGCCUGCCUUCUGUUGAGCCAGUCGCGACUAUUCGAAGAGCCAGACCUUAUGCAACGCUGCUGGGAAGUUAUUGACGCUCAAGCAGAAAUGGCCCUGAGGUCGGACGGGUUUGUGGAUAUAGACAUCCACACCCUCGAGUCUGUCCUCUCUCGAGAGACCCUAAACUGCAAGGAGACCCACCUAUGGGAUGCAGCUCUCAGAUGGGCCUCCGCCGAAUGCGCUCGCCGUGAACUAGAGGCUACACCCGCCAAUCAGAGACGGUUGUUAGGACCUGCCUUAAAUUUAAUAAGACUCCCGGCUAUGAGCUUAGAGGAGUUUGCUAAUGGCGUAGCACAAACUGGGAUUCUAAACCCACAGGAAACAAUAGACAUUUUUCUCCAUUUCACUGCAAGUAGCAAGCCACAACUUUGUUACCCAAUCAAACCUCGACAAGGGCUGAAGACUCAGGUCUGCCACAGGUUUCAGUCGUGUGCAUACAGAUCUAAUCAAUGGCGCUACAGAGGGAGAUGCGAUUCGAUUCAGUUUAGCGUCGAUAAGCGAAUUUUUGUUGUUGGUUUUGGUUUAUACGGAAGUUCAUCAGGAGCGGCUGACUAUAACGUUAAAAUAGAAUUGAAAAGAUUGGGCCGUGUGUUAUCAGAAAAUAAUACGAAAUUCUUUUCCGACGGUUCGAGCAAUACUUUUCACGUGUACUUCGAAAAUCCUAUUCAAAUAGAACCUGAGUGUUUUUAUACCGCAAGCGCAAUAUUGGACGGUGGUGAACUGAGCUACUUUGGUCAAGAAGGGAUGUCGGAAGCAACCAUUGGCAGUGUUAAUUUUCAAUUCCAAUGCAGCUCAGAAAGUACAAAUGGGACUGGAGUUCAGGGAGGUCAAAUUCCUGAACUUAUAUUUUAUGGACCCCCUACGGAUGAUUGACGCAACUUUAUCCCAGAGACAAUGGUGUAAUUACCCGUUGCAAUAACUAUCAAUAAUGUUUCUCACUAAUGGUUUUACCGCUCCCAUUUCCUAUUGACACUGCGCUGAGGGGAGCUGUUGAAUAUCGGACAUUGAUAUUACAUCCCAUAUUUAUUAUGUAUAAAAGUUAUUCUCACUUUACUUAUUGCAGUGAAAAUAACAAUUAUGAGUAAAAUUAUAAUUACACAUGGAGAUAGACCACCGCUAAGAUAAUAUUAUCCCAGAUUUAGUUUUCGUCACUUUUAUAAAGUGUAAAAUAGUGUAGCUUGUUAGGAAAUAUCAUUCUCACGAUUUCAUUGUUAAAUUUAAAAUAUUAAAUACUGGAGAAAAAAAAUGUUAUUUUAUCGAAUUCUUUAUUCACGGCAACUGUAUCAAAUAAUAUUAUCAACUUGUAAUUUCAAAUGUGAAAUAGAAGAGAACAGAGAAAAUUUCAAUUUUUCUUCACCUUUUAAGCAACGCACAAGUCAUGACAAAAACUAUGCUCCUGAUUUAGUGUUUUAUAACUUUAUUCUGAAUAAGUUUGUAUAUGUAUAUAUAUACUAUAUGUAUAUACAUACACACACAUAUAUAUAUAUACUAUAUGUAUAUAUACACACAUAUCUAUACAUAUGUAUAUAUAUAUCGAUGAUUCAGUGGUGACAAUUUUAAUACAAUUUUUAUUAAAUUCGGCACCUAAGCCAAAGUCGGAAAAUAGUCAGCACUUACUUGUAUAACUAUAUACUUGAAGUACAACCACUAACAUUCAUUGUGAUAGUCAGCUUAAGAUUGCACCAGGCUAUGAUAUCUUGUCUCGAAUAAGAUGUAAAAACUAUUCACUUUGAACACGUUGUAUCGAAGGUUGUAAAAUUUCUUACGCAACAAGUGCGAAAUCUUCAUAGAAUUUGACAUGUAUGAGAUAUUAUAAACUACUAGCCUAUUAAUAGAAGAGAGGAGAAAAAAGAAAAAAUUAAACCCCGUAGAUCUCUGUAUGAGAAGAAUAUAUAGUUACGUUUUAUACGUAUCAGCACCUAGGCUGCAGGCACUUUCUUAUACUAUUCAAAUAUUGUUGGAAUAAUGAGUUAUAUUGUUAGAUCUGCUUCUGCCAUUUCACGUGUAUAGAAAUUUAUCAUUUCUAAUAUGUAAAUUGUUAUUUCAUACUAUAAACACAUAAAAUAUUAAA